AUGUUUUUUUUGUCGCAUUUAAUUUAUUUUUUUUAUAAAUACAACGGUAUAUGUAGUUGUGUAUAGAAUAUAAUUCUCUUCAUCUACGGCUUCACCGGUUAGUAGAAAGGUCUACGUGUGAUACAGAGAUCUGAUGAAGCCUGACAAUGACAACUGCUGGUUUGAUCGGCCACGAAUGACGAAUAGGAAACGUAUUUAACGUUUUGGAUGUGGACUUUUCAGAUGUGGCUGGCCCGGAAAGCGAAAAAGAUCCAUUUGCUGUGUUCUGUACUUUUGAUCGCCAUCAUUCUGUUAGCGCUCUCUAUUCUACAACUGGCAGACUUAUUAAGUCUACAACGUCAGAAUUUCAAACUUCAAGGGUUACCAAUAGAUAAAGUACACCAAAUUCAGGAGUUACAGACGGAAAAACCUGAGUUUUUCAAGCGAGACAUGGGAGGAAGCAGAGCGAAUUAUAGCUCGGUGGAAGCAGACGAGCUGAUCAAAAUGUUGAAAAGAUUCUUCAACCAAACAGACCUACAACUUGGCCACGUAUUUAACGAAUCACAAGACUAUUUUCUAUUUUUACGACAAUUAAACAAACAUGCUCCUAAAAAAGGUUCUCAUUUGAAAAAAUAUUUGAGAACCAACAGUUCGACGUCCUUUGUGAGAUUUUACAAGGAAAUUAAUCAACAUUUUCUAUAUAGACCAGAAGACAACAGUUCCUUAUAUGAUUUGUUAAAAGACUUGAACAAUGUACCCAUCAAAUCAACAGAAGAGUUGUCAGGUGAGAACAAUUUAAAACUAAUACUUAAUUUUCACAAUGGAGGAACAGGAAUAUUUACGCCUAAAAGAUGGGUUGACAGAGAGCUCAAUCCAGACCAUUUUUUUAAAAUGGACAUUAUCAGUCACAGAGCAGAGAUUGCGGCAUUUCAUCUUGACAGAGUACUGGGCUUUCACAAAGUCCCGCCAACAGUAGGACGAAUCCUUAACAUUACAUCAGAUGUUAUGUUACUAGCAAAAGGGCGAUUGAAGGAACAUUUUUUUCAGUCAGAAGAAGGAAGUAUUUGCAUUCAAGGAGACUGCAGCCCUCAUUGUGCAGACACGUGUGGCGCCCCGGAGUUAUUGGAGGGUUCCACGUCAGUAGCUUUACCUGAUAUCAACACUUGUCCCAGGAAGAGGGACAGACAUCCCAUAAAACUGUUACUAGCUAAAAUCAAAAAGAUGAAAUUUGACAAAACGUAUAGAUAUUGCCGAGAUAAUGUCAAGACUAGAAGAUUACAGCAGGCAGCACCAACACAUCUUCUUGAAGUCGUGGAAAUGUCUAUCUUCGAUUUUCUUAUAGAUAACAUGGAUCGGCGACUUAUAGAACGAUUUAAACAGUUUGGUGAGAAUGGCUUCCUUCUUCACGAUGAUAACGGCAGAGGGUUUGCUAAGGCAAAACGAGACUGCUCCACAUGCCUGACUCCACUGCAGCAGUGCUGCAUGAUUCGUUUGUCCACUCUUUUGAAGCUGGUGAAGCUGUACCUAGGGCCCAGUAGUCUUAGCCAGGUGAUGAGGAACUCAUUGAAAGAUGACCCAUUGGCCCCAGUUCUUUUAGACACGCACUUGAAUUCACUAGACAGAAGGUUAGGAAAGAUCCUGAAGGUGGUCAAACGAUGCCUGAAUGGAGUCAAGUUCUGGAAAAAUGUUUUAAUUGAUGAUUUCAUACCAUUAAAAUAGAAUCAAUUUUUGUGAAGUUCUCAUAUGAAGCUAAAGCUAUACACAUGUUAAACCGUACGAUGUAGAAUCAAAUUUAUAGUAGAUAUUGAAGAGCGAUGAAAGAGAUUCAGCUAAGACAAAGAAUCAGAGAAUGUUGUUGAAGAAGUGAAUCCUUCCAAUGCUAUUGGACACAAUGAAUCCUUCGCAGUCCCUACCAUGCACGUGGAGUGAUAUCACUCGAUUUAUACAUUAUGACACCACGAUACUAUAACUAGAUAUACCAAUGGCAUUUUAUUAUUGGUUUAAGAGUUUCACCAUAUCUUUGUUCACUAUUAUUACUUAGACUAUUUUGGCAUCAAAUGAGAUAUUUAGAACUUUAUGACCAGGCCGCCGCGAGGGCUGUGGCCGCCUGUGUGCGAAAUUUUAAAAUGCCGCCCCCCCCCCCCUUUUUUUU